ACCUACCUGAAGGUUACCCUAUAGUUAAUGACUUUCUUUUUAACUUUAUUAUAUGAUGAUGAUGCCAAUAUCAUCAAGAGAAAGGCCACCAGCCACUCUCCCUCAAACCUGUCUCACCAACUCACAUCUAGAAGCAAUUAGUCUCUCUCUCUCUCUCUCUCUCUCUCUCUCUCUUCCCUCUUUCUUUCUCUUUUUCUCUCUCAAUUUGAGAGUCAAAAGCCUAUAAAACCCCAUCACAAGUCCUCAUAAAGGCCGGCCUUGAUGCUUUUUUCAGCAACAAUACCAAAAACAAAAGGCCUCCGUCUCCCUACCCACCACCCCCACCAUCACCACCACCACCAUCACUACUGCUAAAACUGUACACAAUUCUAUAGCUUUUAUAGCUGCCAGUUUUCCUUCUGCUUGUGAUUCAGCUCAAUGGGGAGGUCUCCUUGCUGUGAGAAAGCUCAUACAAACAAAGGGGCAUGGACCAAGGAGGAAGAUGAUCGCCUCAUCGCUUAUAUCCGGGCACACGGCGAGGGCUGCUGGAGGUCUCUCCCCAAGGCCGCAGGCCUUCUCCGAUGUGGGAAAAGUUGCCGCCUCCGAUGGAUAAACUACCUGAGGCCUGACCUCAAGCGGGGAAACUUCACCGAGGAAGAAGAUGAACUCAUCAUCAAACUGCAUAGUCUCCUUGGCAACAAAUGGUCUCUUAUAGCUGGGAGAUUACCAGGAAGAACAGAUAAUGAAAUAAAGAAUUACUGGAACACCCACAUACGGAGAAAGCUUCUGAACCGAGGCAUCGAUCCGUCUACUCAUCGCCCCAUCAACGAGCCCUCACCGGACGUUACAACCAUAUCUUUCGCAGCCGCAGUUAAGGAAGAGGAGAAGAUCAAUAUCAGCAGUACUGGUGGAUUUGGGUGCAAAACUGAGAAAAACCCAGUUACGGAAAAGUGUCCAGACCUCAACCUUGAGCUUAGAAUCAGCCCACCAUACCAACCCCAAGCUGAGACGCCAUUGAAGACUGGUGGGAGGAGUAGCAGCACUACUCUUUGCUUUGCAUGCAGUUUGGGAAUACCAAAUAGUGAGGAGUGCAGUUGCAGUAUUGGUACUAGUAGUGGAAGCAGCAGCUCUGGGUAUGACUUCUUAGGGUUGACAUCUGGGGUUUUGGAUUACAGAGGUUUGGAGAUGAAAUAAGAAAGAGGAAAAUGGAAGUGGGGUUUGGAUUAUGUAGCAGAAACAGAAUUGAGAGAAAUGAGAAAGAAAGAGAUUGAUAUUAGGCUCAAAAUCUCUCUACUUUUCUCCUCUUCCCUUAUUUGUAUAAUUUUUAGUUCAUAGUGUUAUAUAUAUAUAUAUAGUACCAGUACAGAGAAGAUGAUCAUCACCAGCUUGUUCUUUGUGCAGAAUUGUUUCAAUGUUUUCCAUUUCCAAUUUGGAAUCUCUCUCAUUAUUCAUCCCCAAAUCCAGAGACUCUCUAUUUUUUUUCA